AAGAACGUGACAAAGAUGGGGACAGACAAAUGGACAGACCGGCAGAGAGCGCGUGAGGAGGAACGGGCGCCAUCUUGGUCACAUGACAGUCAGCUGUUUGUUGUCACGUGCCGACAAAUUUUGGUGCAACUUGUCAAGAUGGCAGCAGGCUCCGGACGAGUGUGGCCGAUGGUUUUUCUGAGUUUUUUUAUGGCCGCGUUUGGGACGGCGAGCUCCACCGCGCAAGUUCCGCUUCUGAUGUGGUCCACGCACGGUUUGCCACCUGCGGCUUCACUUUCAGCGGGCCACAUCACGUCCAACGAGCAGCUGGCUUCCUACCUGGUCUCGGCCUUUGGCUCCGGAGCCAAAGCCCGGGCCCACACCGUGCUGCUCUUCCUGCAAGAAAAGCUGAGCAAAGAUGACUUCACGGUGUUUGCCGGCGUGUUUGGAAACAAGCAGGAUGGCAUCUUUCCAAAUCUGGAGGCGCUUUUGCGGUCGUCGAUGUCUUCAGUGACAUUUCCCGCUGUGGCGUGGUCACCCUCCGCCUCCACGGCGGCUCUGCUGGAGGAGCUGCUGGGUGUGUCGCCCGCGCUGGUGGAUGCGGACACCUUGUCACGUUUGGACGUGGAUGCAUCUGUCAGCAAUCUGCUCAUCAUCAAUCUGCCUUAUUGCAUAAGCCCGUUGAAGUCUUGCCAGGAAGUGCUUCGUGACAACGAUGCAAUGAUUGCCAAGGUUGUGAGGACGAUGGAUGACAAAAAGCUGCCUUACACUGCGAUGUACACGGGAGCCCAGCCAUCGCAAGGGAUUUCCUCACCCUCGUUGGCGGCGAAGCAGCCCGCUAUCGGUAGGUCGCUGCUUCAAGCCGUCGUCCCCGACAUCAAACCCCCCAUCAUGCUCAACGUGUCCGGCGGCCCUUGCAUCAUGAUGUGGGCGCAGAACCUCAAUGUCAGCCUCUCGCCCACCGCCGAGUGGACCGACCUUGCUGCUGAGACGCCCUCCUUGGAGGGCUCCAUGUGCAACGCCACCAACUCGCUGCUUGUGCUCAGCUACCCAUCAGGCUUCAACCUAAGCUUUGCCAUGAGUCAGCGCUUCUAUCCAGUGUCGGCCAGAAACUGGUUCACCCUGGACUGGGUGCAGCUGCAGUCCAAUGGUUCGAUGGCGUCCUUCGUGGGGAGCCGCGCCAUCUCUGCGCCCGCCGAGUAUUCCUUCCACUGCGGCGCGCUCCGCAGCUUCCGCGACGCUCUGCUUGUGCCAAACUCCACCGAGCAAAGUGUGGCCGACUGGAGGCUCAAUUUCAUCGACUUCCAGAUUCAGGGCUUUGGCUUGGCCAACAGAACAGAAUUCUCCUACGCCAGCGACUGCGCCGGCUUCUUCACGCCAGGAAUUUGGAUGGGGUUGCUGACAUCGCUGCUUCUGCUGGCCAUCUUCGUGUACGGGCUGCACAUGAUAAUGCGGAUCAACACGAUGGACCGAUUUGACGAUCCCAAGGGGCCGUCCAUUUCCGUGCCUCAGUCGGAGUGAAUAAGGGCACUCCGCACACGAUUUGAUGAGCUGCUUUUUAAGACACUGUCCUUCCCAAAGUGCCAAAACCAUCAGGUUCAGCCCCCUUUUAUAUCUGGUUGAUUGAGUUGAUUUUGUGUGUUCAGUUUUGCGACUGUUGCCAGAGAUGCAAUACCUUUUUGCAGCGGAAUGCGUGUUUGAUGCUUAGAAGAAUAUUUCAGACCUGUGAUUUUUUUUUUCCAGCUUAAUUUAACAUGCCGUUUUGAUUUUUCAAAGUGUAUAUGAAGUGUUGUACAGAAGUCGACUUAUCCUGCAUCGUUCCUUUACGUUCAAAUCAUGCAAAUGCCACAACUGCUCUCUUAUAUUAUUUAUUUCCAAAAAGGAAGCCUUCAAAAACUUCAAAGGUGCCUUAAACUGCAACGUGUCUGUGCUGUUCAACUUGGAACGUGUUGCUUUUGCAGACUGAUGCAAUCCAAAAUAAAAUGUGUCCAUUUUAAAUCAA